AUGUUUGAUGACAAAGAUGCAGAUGGCUUGAUGAUCCCUCACGAUGAUGCACUGGUAAUAUCUUUACUUGUACAUGAUACUAACGUAAAACGUAUUUUGAUUGACCCAGGUUACUCAGUAAAUAUCAUUUUGUUGAGAGUGGUAAAUGAAAUGCAAGCCAAUGAUAAAGUCAUACCAAAGGCACAAUCUUUAUCGGGAUUUGAUAAUUCAAGCGUCGUUAUGAAAGGAGAAGUUGUACUAGCUACGUUUAUAAAAGGGGUCAUCAAAGAUACAAAGUUCCAGGUAAUAGACGCGGACAUGGCCUAUAAUAUAAUCUUGGGAAGGCCAUGGAUUCAUGCUAUGGAUGUUGUCCCGUCCACGUUGCAUCAAGUUAUCAAAUUCCCUUCAGAGUGGGGGAUUUGA